GACCAUGGACGGUGGUGAAGAAAACAACGUGAAGGCCGUGAGAAGAAGCAAAGAGGAGAAGAAAGUUCUCCGAAAACAAAUCAAAACGAGUCACACUUUGCUGAAACAUGAAGGCAUCAACACGACGCCACAGCCUAACAAGAGUUUGGUGGUGGCUAACGGCGGCCUGGGGAACGGCGUCAGUCGAGAGGAGCUUUCUGCUGCUCUGAAGGAGAUGGGGGAGAUGGAGUCCCUGAUGAUGCCUCCGCACAAGCCGUAUGCUUUUGUCACGUACAGGUCUGAGGAGAGUGCUCGCAAAGCCCUCGUCCACCUCAACGGACACAAGCUGCAGUGUGGAGACAACGGUGUCACACUCUACCUCGGUUAUGUCAACUCAGUGAACUGUGAGGAGGAGAAGGCUGCUCCUUUGCCGGAGGGAUUAGUCUUAGUGGAAGAUUUUGUUUCUCCAGAGGAAGAGGCCCUGUUGCUUGCUGCUAUAGACUGGUCAUCUACAAAUGAUGAUGUCACCGCUCAGAAAUCUCUGAAGCACAGAAGAGUCAAACAUUAUGGUUUUGAAUUUCGGUACGACAACAACAACGUGGAUAAGGACAAUCCAUUACCUGCAGGUCUUCCUGAGGAGUGUCUGCCUGUUCUGGAGCGCUGUGUGAGGAACGGACACAUCAACUUCAUGCCGGACCAACUGACCAUCAACCAGUAUGAGUCUGGACAAGGAAUCCCUCCUCAUGUGGACACGCACUCUGCCUUUGAGGACACCAUCCUGUCUCUGAGCCUCGGGGCAAAGACGGUGAUGGAGUUCCGUCAUCCUGAUGGUCGUCUCGUUCCUGUGGUGUUGCCCGGGCAGAGCCUCCUGGUGAUGAAGGGCGAGAGCAGAUACCUCUGGACCCACGGGAUCACUCCUCGGAAGUUUGACAUGGUGCCAGUCUGCGACCCACAAUCCUCUGCUCAUUCAGAGUCCGACAUCGGGAGCAACAGCAACCUUACAUUAAGCAAAAGGGGCACACGCACUUCCUUCACUUUCCGCAAGAUCAGACAUGACCCGUGCCGCUGUGCUUUUCCCUCGACCUGUGACAGUCGGGGAGCUCUCUCGACACCCUCGCCUUCCCCGCCGACCGCCCCUUCCCUUCCCUGUUGCCAUGCCGACGCAGCCCGUCUGGAGGAGGUGUACGUGCACCGGGUGUACGACGCCAUCGCCUCCCACUUCAGCAGCACCCGCCACUCCCCAUGGCCUCGCGUUUGCCACUUCCUGUCCUCGCUCCCGCCCGGCAGCGUGCUGGCUGAUGUGGGCUGUGGAAAUGGAAAAUACCUGGGUGUUAACCCGGAGGUGAUAGCGGUUGGCUCUGACCGCAGCAGUGCCCUGGUCCAGAUCUGUGCAGAGAGAGGUUUCCAGGCGUUUGUAUCUGACGCUCUCAGUGUCCCCCUGAGAACGGCCUCCUGUGAUGCCUGCAUCUCCAUCGCCGUCAUCCACCACUUUUCCACACAGGAACGUCGGCUGGCAGCAGUGAGGGAGCUGGUGAGACUUCUGAAGCCUGGAGGUCAAGCGCUCAUCUACGUUUGGGCUUUCGAACAAGAGCACAACAAGCAGAGGUCAAAGUACCUCAAAGGUCAGAACAUAGGGCAACCGGGGAACCUCAGCCCAGUCAACAGCCCAGCAGAAGACAGACAGGAGCCUUGUGUAGAAGACGGCGACAGAUCUGUUGACAGCAUGCAAGAUGUUAGCAAAGUGACUGAUGGCAAACUAAGUGUUCACACCAACCGCACCGCCUUCAACACCCAGGAUCUUUUGGUUCCCUGGCAUCUGAAGGAGGGGAAGAAACGAGGGGAGGAAGAAUCCAAAAAGGAUGGGAAGCAAAACAAAAGGAAGGAGACGUCCAGAAAGACUCCAGGUGACUUUUGUUCACCCUCAAGUUUGAGUUUCAAGCCCAAAUCGGACUCUAACAGUGCAUCAAGCCCAGGUUCUGACCCCAACAUGUCCUCUGGAUCGGGUCCUGACGCCAGCGAUGCCACUCACGCCCCUGACUCUGAACCUAGUGGUAACACCACACAGACAUCCAGUUCACCUCUGAAGCCCGAGUCUGAGAGCGGCCCAGCACCCGUCUUCCACCGCUAUUACCACGUUUUCCAGCAGGGGGAGCUUGAGCAGAUGUGUGGUCAUGUGGCUGGAGUCAAGGUGCAGAGCAGCUACCACGAUCAGGGCAACUGGUGCCUUAUAUUAGAGAAAGCCUGAGGGAGACACUUGCGUCAUUUAACAAUACAUGAACUCUACAAUGAACCACAUAAAUAAAUAAAUUGUUAAAACUCAUCUGUUUUAAUUGUAACAAGAAGAAUAAGGAGGAAAGUGCUGUAAAAUAAAAAAUGCAAGGGUUUGAUAUAAUGUUGUCAUUGUUGUGGUCUUCCAGCAUAAUUUUUUGACAAUGGGUCAAGUUGGAACCUUAUAAGGUCACAAAGAAAUAGAAUAGAGGUUAUAUUUUUUGUCAGCAGGAUUACGCAAAAACAGAUUUCCACGAAACCUAGGUGGAAGUUUGGAACAUGGGCCAAGAAAGAACCCAUUAAUUAAAUUUAAAAUCCAUGCACAAUUCUUGACUCAGUAAGGUGCUCAUUAAAGUCAUUCCUUGUUUACUGUUAGCUUUAUAGCUUUGAGCAAAAUCACAUCAUUGAAUAUAUUUUUGAAAACUUCCAUUUUUAACCUAAGAAUAAUUCUUAAAUUGUCAUGUUUAUUGUUAUUAAGUGAUUCAUUUAUUAAAGAAACACUGAUGAGAGGACAGGGGAACUUCAAGGGCCAUCAGAUUUGACCUGGGGCAAUCUUGAUUUAAAAGAUUAGUCACCUUUAGGGAACUGAUAUACGUGUUUGAACAAUUUGGUGCAGCUUCAUUGAAUUUAAGCGACAUGUUGGACCUUGGUGAAGGUGUGUGGUCUACUGACUGCCAUUGUAGUGUUGCAGAUCGCAUUAUUUUUGUCCCACUCCUUGAUCUUGAACCAUGCAGCUGCUGCUCUAAACACAGUUUUAUAACCAACUUCAAGCUCAACUUAAAACCUGGAGGCACAAGGGAUCCUCUGACAUAGAAGAGUUUGUAGAGUUAUUUAUUUGUAAAGGUAAGACUGAACAAUGACUUCAUCACACAUGCUCAUGCUACAUCCUAUUUACAAGUAUUUACCAGAUAGCUGUGUAGACAGAGUGAACUGUGGGAUAAUGGGGUAUUGAUGACGGUGGAGUGGAGCCUGAUAAUUAGUUAUUGUUCCUCUGUGGCAGGUUUGGUAAUGGGUCAGCGGCUCCUGGUAAAUUACCCCAGUGGCUCCUCAAUCCUCUGUGACAACAACACACAAACACACACACUCUCAGACAGGAGACAGUUUGGUGGUUGUUAUUGACAGUGGUUUAUUGAUUAAGGUGAAGCAGACAUUGUGUACGUGUGAGAGACUUCUUUUGUAGUAUCACGCACAAUAGUGUGUGUGUGAGUGUGCAGAAGUGUUACUCUGCCUGUCUGCAGAUUUGUGCCUGGCAUUUGGGAGAUAAUUAAAAUUUAAAGGUGUGCCUCUCCCAGGGGGAGCCCAUUGAUUCGACAGAAUAAAAGACAUUUAUAUUCUUCAGCUAUCAUGAGUCAGGAGACAUUUAUACUGAAAAUAACGUGUAUCUUCUCUCUCCCUGAUGGAUUCCUGAUAUGUGAGAUGUGCUCUGUUGAACGGGGGGUAAUUACAGGGUGAGAUGUAACGUCAUAAAGUCAGUCAUGUUGUUUCAACAUUUGGUCUGGAGUUGUUUUUCAAGAAUAGGGCUUGGUCCAAUAUAGGAGUUCUUUAAUGAUGCAAAUUUGUAUUUAUUUUUGAAAAUAAAAGAAAUCAAUAAAAAAUCUGGUGCAUCAGCCUAUGUUAAAAAAUAUGUAAUAAGUUAAACAUCAAUAAAGUAUAAAAUGUAAAAACA